GUCCAGCAAUGGGUCGACUCAUUGAAAAUCUUUGCAGAGGCGGCGCCCAAUACACCCCUCCUAUACUAUCACAUCCCGUCAAUGGCCGGGGAGUUUACAACCUUCGAUAUCAUUGACGCGAUCGGUGAGGGAAUCAAACAAAUACCACAAUUGGCGGCAAUGAAAUUCACAGACGACAAAGUGAUCCGAUUCGCGACCCUUCAGAAGAAGUUCAAAGAUGUGUUCAAAAUAUUCAUUGGUUUCGAUCAGGUCUUACUGACGGCAAAGGUAGCCCUGGACUGUGAGGCGGGUAUCUGCGCGCUGUUUAAUCUGCCAGAAGUGGUUCAGUCGUACAAAAAGAUCAUUGAAUUGGUCGGGAAGUUAGACCUCGAGAGCGCCCGAAGAGAGCAAAAUAAGAUCAUCGAUGAGUGCAUUAAACACCAGUCGAGCGGAAACUUCUUCUUAUCGAUUAAGACUGCGUUCAACGCAACCGUCAAACCAUUGGGUCUGGACUUUGGUUACCCCCGACCUCCCAUUCAUUAUGCAUACAAAUGGUGAUUGAAUUGAUUAAUGAUUGUUAAGAAUUGACCAGAUUUUCAAUAAAUAUGUAAUGAAUGGCACAAAUAUUAUGUAUUAAUUGUUAAUUAACAUUAAUCUUGGUG